AUGCUGGCGGCGCGCGAGCGCCUCCGCGCCAGGAUGGGUGUUUCCGGCACCCAGACUGGAGGCAAGGGUACCGCCAGGAGGAAGGUCAAGAAGACCAGCAAGGUUGUUGGUGAUGACAAGCGUCUCCAAUUCGGGCUCCGCUCCAUUGGCGCUGCCAGCAUCCCCGGCAUCGAGGAGGUUCAGCUCGUCAAGGAGGAUGGCCGCAUACUGGUCUUCAGCAACCCUAAGGUGCAAGCUGCGCCCAACGCUAACACCUACGUCAUCUCUGGUUUGGCGGAGGAGCGUGAGCUGUCGCUGCCAGACAUCAUCCAGCAGCUCUCUGCCGCUGGAUUCGGCUUGCCGACCACCUCCAAGAAGGAUGAAGACAGCGACAUCCCCCAGCUCGUAGAGGUUUUUGACACCGUUGCUGAGAAGGAGGAAGAGGAAAGCAAGGUUGAAGAGGGUGAAAACAAGGCCGCGGAGAAGGCAGCUGACGAGGAGCAAGUGGAGAAGGAAGCAGUUGAGAAGGUGGAGGAAGCUAAGGUAGAAGCACCAACUACCGAGGCGCCCCCGAGGUUCGAGGAGAUAAUUGAGGAAGACACCAAGGUUGCCCCCGAGCCGCAGCACGUCACGGACGACGACAUCGGGCGCAAUUUCAUCGUACAAGUGGCAGUUCAGACCCCAAGUAACAAUCGGAUUUCAAAAUGCCGCACUCGUACGGUAAACGCGCUCGCACACGCGACAAGUUCUCCAAGGCUUUCCGCCGCAUUCCGCGUUGGUGACUACGUCGACGUCAUCUGCGACCCCUCCGUGCACAAGGGUAUGCCCUACUCCUACUACCAUGGCAAGACCGGAAUGGUUUACAACGUCACCCCCAGGGCUCUGGGUGUCAUAAUCAAGAAGGUCGUCCGUGGCAAGCAGCUGCUCAAGCGCAUCCACGUCAACAUCGCGCACAUCCGCAAGAGCCGCUGCCGCGAGGACUUCCUCAAGCGCGUCGCCGUGAACGAUGAGCUGAAGCGCAAGGCCAAGGCUGAGGGCAAGAAGAUCUCUACCAAGAGGCAGCCCGCGCCGGUGGCCCCGGGAUACAUCGUUGAGGCUACGCCCGACUCCAUCAUCGCCAUGGACCCGGUACCUUUCGUCGAGAAGUACUGA